CCCUGCCUGCCCGCGCCUGUACGGCUCUUGUCUCUGCCUCGAUGGCUUCCACGGCGGCGCAGCCGGUGGUGUUGGUGACGAACGACGACGGCAUCGACGCGCCGGGGCUCCGCUUCCUCGUCGACCAGCUCGUCGCCCAGGGCCGCUACCGCGUCCUCGUCUGCGCGCCCGACACAGACCGGUCAGGUGUUAGCCACUGCAUUACAUGGCGUUCUCCACUCCGCUGUAAACGUGUUGAUAUCACUGGUGCUGCAGCAUUUGGAGUUUCAGGAAAUCCUGCUGACUGUGCCUCUUUAGGCAUCUCUGGAAAGCUCUUUGAUGGUUUGGUUCCUGAUUUGGUACUUAGCGGAAUCAACAUUGGCAGCAAUUGUGGAUUCCAUGUUGUAUAUUCUGGAACAGUUGCUGGUGCCAGGGAGGCAUUUAUAUAUGGGUUUCCUGCAUUAGCUAUGUCAUACAAUUGGGUUGCUGGUAAGAGCAGUGUUAAUGAUCUGAAAGUGGCUGCGGAGGUUUGUAUGCCUCUGAUAAAUGCUGUCAUGGUCGAGAUCAAGAAUGGAACGUAUCCUAAAGAAUCGUUCCUAAAUAUAGACGUGCCAACUGAUGCUGGACAUCACAAGGGAUACAAAAUUACAAAGCAAGGAAAAUUUAUGGCCAGAAUUGGAUGGGAGCCAACAGCUUACAAGAAGCCUGCAGUAGAAAGUUACCAGACAGCAAACGUGAAUGCUGACACUGAAAAUGACAUGGAAGUAGAUAGUUCAUCGGAGAAUGACCUAUUGUUUAAAAGAGUGAUAGUGAAGAAAAGUUAUGAUGAAGAGGAAGGAGAUGACAUAGACUACAAAUCCCUUGUAGAUGGAUAUAUUACUGUUACUCCUUUGGGUGCUCACUCCCGCGCAGAAGCAGAUGCCAUACCUUAUUACAAAGCAUGCUUGUCACGUAUCUGAAGGUGAGCAUGAUACUUUGGAGGCUGGCCAAACUGAUACUAUGGAUGACAUCUCCUCAAAUCGCGAAGAAAAUCUACACAAAUUUAUGCCAUCCUAGUAGAUGCUGAUGCUGUAUUUGCCAUGCUAUGAAUCGUGGCAAUUCAUUACAUGUCUCAAGAAACACUGGCUAUUCCUAACCAUGGUUUUCAAUAAGUAAUGGUGUUAGCUGUCUCCAAUCAUUCAUGUGAAUCUUAUCAUUUCAACUGCAUUUUAUUCUGUACCUGACUACCUUUUGGGGGGAACUGCCUAGUUAGUACUUAGUACUUGCCAUAUUUUAGCUGAUUCUAUUUCGUUUGGAAUACUGUUACAGCAAUAUGGAGUUGAGAUACAGAUUAAAUAUCUGAUAUAAUUAGUAGACUUGUCAUUUUUUUUA